AUGGCUUUCAAGUCUGGCUUCAGCGAGCGGCUAGACGAGCUGCGUUUUCCAUCUCCUCGUUCUCCUCCAGUCGAUGCCCCGUUCUCUCAUACCCCCCUCUCUCCCCCAGCUAGCAUGAUGUCGGCCUUUUCGCGUCCCACCACCGACGUUCGCGCCAACCUCCAGCGCCGAUUCACUACUGACGCCAGCAAAUUAUCGUCCUGGAGCUUCUUGAACCAGCAGCCCAUAACUUCGGCUGAAUCUUUGGAUUUGCUAUCUUCGAUCGAAAAGAAGCGACAGCAUAUAGAAUAUAUGCGCGAGCAGAGGAAGCGGUUCGAGGCUGAUAUGAAGUUGCUAGACUUGCAACACGAAAGGGAGAGACAAGAGAUCGACCAAUUGGCUCGCGAUCUUGCGCAGGCUGGUCUGACUGGCCCAGUCAGUGAGCCAACGACACCACCAGAAUAUCGAGACAGCGGCUUUCCUUCAGCGUUUGCUCGUCCAACUCGUUUCUCAACCUCUAGUGUGACCUCGUCUCCAGGUAUCUUCAACAUUUUCUCACCCUCACAGGUGACUUCGCCUCCGCCAGCCCCCCAGACAAGGAAUGGUGCUACUGCAACCUCAAACAACCAUCGCUUCUCUGUCCAUUCAGUACCUGGAUCCAGACGUAAUUCUGAAGAAGAAGAAUACUUCCCAGACUCAGUAGCCACUUAUAGGCAAGGUCCAUCCAUACAUCGUUAUUCUAUGCCUACAACGAGCCUGGCUGCUCAGUUGAAAUCUGUCACAGCAAGCUACAACAGUCCAGCAAUGGAGCCGUUUAAUGCUGCUCGACUUCUCUUUGGUGAUGAGAAAAACGAUCCUAAAGACGAGGACCGUUUGCCUACACCUGACAUUAAGAGUUAUCUGAAGAUGACGGACCCUGAUGACAAGUUUCCAACACUGUCUCAUAACUCAGGUAUUCUUUCUGCCAAUUCUGACGCGUUGGAUUUGGCCAAUUCUCGUGCCCCAGAGCCGUGGAGUUCUCACCACAGUCGCUACCGAUCGAUGCCACAGGGGGAUUUGAACAUGUUUCGUCCUGAGAACCAGUUUGGAAAACAACUGGGAAGCGACUCAGCGUCUACAUCUCGCCAUGUCGCUCGCCAUUCUGUGGAGCUGAAUAUGUAUCUUGGGAAGCAGGAACCGACCACUCCAACCGCUGGUUCCUCUGCUCGCCCAGGUUCUCUGCAGUCAUCUUAUUCCACGAAUGACCUACCAACUGUGAAAGGAAACGGCUUUACCAGUACUGCUAUCACGCCUCCCAGAAACCAUGCUGAACAGUUUCAUCAGCAUAAUGCCAGUCUAGGUCGUAUCCCUGCUGGCGUUGCGAACCCUCGCUCGGCCAAACAAUCCCCUGAACGCGAGGAUUCGACUCUUGUUUCCAAUGGCGGCCCACAGUCAGGACUUCAGGCAACUGCGACUCCUUUUGGACCCCAAUUAGCUUCUGUAGCAAGUCCUUCUCUUGCGGGACAGAACGGUUCCUCUGGUCUUGCCAAUUUUCAACAAGCGCAAUUCUAUCCAUACACUGUUCAACCCUACGCAAACAAUGGCGUCGGUGUCAAUGGUGGAGCAAACCAAAAUUUCACCGGUCAAGUUCCCUACUCUGGAUUCAGUCAAAACGGCAUGUAUCAGCUACCUAGGGCUUCAGCACGCCCCAAUAAUGCUGCUCUUAACCGCGGCGGUGAGAGCGAAGCGCAGCAGAUUUCGCGUUUCAACAAUCUUCCCUUGGAGCAAUACAAGGGCGAACUUUACGGUCUGUGCAAAGAUCAGCAUGGUUGUCGCUAUCUCCAGCGCAAACUCGAGGAACGCAACCCCGAGCAUGUGCAGAUGAUUUUCGCUGAGACGCAUAUGCACGUGGUUGAGUUAAUGACUGAUCCUUUUGGCAACUACUUGUGUCAAAAGCUCCUUGAAUACUCGAAUGACGAUCAGCGCACUCGCCUCAUUCACAAUGCAGCACCUCAGUUGGUUCCUAUCGCCCUCAAUCAACACGGCACUCGAGCGCUCCAGAAGAUGAUCGAAUUUGUUUCCACCCCACAACAGAUUCAGAUGGUCAUCGACGCUUUACGUGGCCAUGUUGUAGAUCUGGUGCAAGACCUGAAUGGAAACCACGUUAUACAAAAGUGUCUUAAUCGAUUGUCUGCUGAAGACGCUCAGUUCAUCUAUGACGCCGUUGGUGCUCACUGUGUAAUUGUUGGCACUCAUCGCCAUGGCUGUUGCGUGUUGCAGCGAUGCAUUGAUCAUGCCUCUGGAGAGCAACGUGCUCGUCUUAUCGCGCAGAUUACUUCCAACGCUUUCUCACUGGUCCAGGACCCCUUUGGAAACUAUGUCGUCCAGUAUAUACUUGACCUCUCUGAGCCGCACUUCACCGAGCCACUAUGCCAGAGCUUUUUGGGCAAUAUUCCUCCAUUGUCGAAGCAGAAGUUCAGCUCCAACGUCAUCGAGAAAUGCUUGCGUACCGCUGAAUAUCCCAUGCGCCGCCGCAUGAUCGACGAAAUCCUGGUGCCGCGUGAGCUUGAUGCAAUGCUGCGUGACUCUUACGCAAACUACGUGGUUCAAACUGCGAUGGAUUUCGCUGAUGCUGACAACCGUAACCGUAUCAUUGAGGCCGUUCGUCCUAUUUUGCCCUCAAUCCGUCAGACUCCUCAUGGACGCCGCAUUGCUGGCAAGAUCGCGGGAGCUGAGUCGUCCGGUCGUACCAGCGGUAACCCAAGUGGUCAAGCUACACCCAAUGACUUGACUUCUGGUCAACUUCCUGUCUCCAUGCAGGUACCACCGAAGCCUUUCAUGCAGUCACCACAAGGUGGAUCAUUCAAUGGCAAUGGAUCUGCGACCCAGCCGUUCAAUUCUCAGCAGCCACUUGUCUCAUCAGCUAACAAUUUCAACGUUGGACCUGCUACAGCUGGUCCGUCUGAGGUUUCAAACUUCGCCCAUACAUCCAAUCAAGCCCUUCCUCAGAGUCAGGCUUAUGGCAACGUUGGCAAUGGUUUUUACUAAGUUGAUUUUCUUUUCGAAUCAAUGCAUCAUCUACUCACUUUCCGUGCAGUACACGGACUUUGUAUUUUACCUGAGACGAUGCCACGAUCUUAUGAACUUACGGCCCCACACAUGAACAUGCGUCGACGCUAUGGUUUUGGAUAGGAAAGAUGUUCGUUAUUUGGACGCAGUCAACACGAUUAUCUCUGCGAUAUGAUUGUCGAUGCAAUUCCAAGAUCUUUUACCAUACAUUUCCUGUUUACAGACGUAUAUCAUGAUGGAAUUGUACAACCCUUCUUAUUUUAUUCUCACUCAUUCUGCAUGCACAUGAGGUAUCUCUGAAAGUGAAAUUAAGACUCGUUCCGAUCUUCUUUCAUUGAUGCUUCAUGCGAUGUGCUUUGUUUUAACUGAUUCGCUUUUUCCUCUCCUUCUCUUUCUUAUGUUUGUGUAUUUGCUUUAUGUUAUCUAUGAUUCGUGCUUUUUUUUCUCAUUUCCUAUUCAAAUGGCACCUGAGAAAUUAUUCAUUUCACAAUGGACAUCUCCCAAGGCCUAUGUACACAUGUUUUCCAUUUCAACUCAUUGACUAUCUUUCUUCGUCUCCCCUGGUCUAGAUUCUUCGAACAGUGUGCGGCGGGUGUUCACGUUUGACCAUCGUCGAGCUAGCAACGAGGGGAGAUCGACUGUAUUGUCAUUAGGCUGUUUGUUUCUUUCGGCUUAGCUCUAGAUGAAUGUACCCAUACCUUUU